UGAUGCUUAGUUUGAAGUCUUGACAAAGUCUCGUACACUUGUACUCCACAAACUGGCAAAACUUGCCUCAACUUUCUGCUUUUGUAGGGACAAUUACCAAAUCCUCACUCUCAGAUCUGUGUCUUCUUUCUUCAUUCUGGAGUAAACUUUCAUCGUAUAUCCAAAUACAGUAUGUAUUCCUCGGUAGCUAAGUGUUGAAACUGUCCCUUUAACUCUGUUAUCAGCCUUCUAUGUGCAAGUUAAACCCAUGAAUAAACACUCGAAAGCAUAUAUCUAAACUAAUUAAGUCCUUCGACACUUUUUCAACUCACGCUAAGCUCUAGAUUGGGAACCCAUUUUGCCAUUGUUAUCUUAAAGUUUGGAUUUUUAAUCCUUGUUUGGUGCUGGUCAUGGAUCCUUAUUCUUGGAGAUCAUGUAGGAAUGGCAAUGGUAUUGAAUCAGUGAGUGAUGAGCUAUUUGUGAAUAACGGGUUGCAAGGGAGAGCAAGAAAUGGGUCCUCUUCGUAUUCGUCUUUGGUUUUGGAUUGUGAGAGAGGAGAGCUUGUGGAGGCUAGUGUGAAGUUGCAGAGAAAAGGGGUCCCAGUGGAGAAAAGUGUUAAGGCUUUGAAGAAUCAUAUUGAAGCAGAAAGGAGGCGGAGGAGGAGGAUUAAUGCGCAUCUUGAUACGCUUAGGAGCUUAAUACCCGGUGCAAAGAAGAUGGACAAAGCUACAGUGCUGACUGAGGUUAUCAACCAGUUAAAAGAACUGAAAGAGAAUGCCACAGAAGCUACUGAAGGUUUUCUCAUACCAACAGACAUAGAUGAAGUGAAAGUUGAACAGCAGGAGGAGGGAAUUGAUGGAGCCCCUCAUUCAAUUAAGGCAUCUCUAUGUUGCAACUAUAAACCGGGACUUCUCUCUGACUUAAGACAAGCACUUGAUGCUCUUCAUCUCAUGAUAGUGAAGGCAGAGAUCGCAACCUUGGGAGGCAGGAUGAAAAAUGUUAUUGUUAUGGCUAGCUGUAAAGAAAGGAACUUCGAAGAUACUGAAGUAUGCCAGUCUCUUGUGAACUCUGUUCACCAGGCAGUUAUGUCUGUCCUUGAUAAAUUUUCAGCCACAGAGGAGUUCCUUUUAGGAGCCGGACUUUCAAAUAAGAGGCGAAGGGUCUCUUUGUUUGAUUCUUCCUUGUCAUCUUCGCCGGGGGAUCUCUGGUGACCAUAUGAUCUCUUAGUGAUGGUUUGCAUCUUCUAUUCUAUUGCAUAUGUUUUCUCUGUCAAUAUGCACUGGCAUACUGGGUGGUGAUACAAUGAAUGGUUUUUUGACGUACUUUUUAUUCUGCUUUACCAACUCUAGAGAUAAAAAUGUACUAAUGUCUUGUGCCUUCAACGUAGAUCACUUAGGGAUCUUCAUCGAAAUUGUGAAUCAUAGACAGUAUAGC